AUGGCGGUAGUCAAACCUGAGAUGAAGUCUUACAUCUGGCUUCAGACCGCUGACGGCUCAAUCCAACAAGUAGAAGAAGAGGUUGCCAUGUUUUGUCCCAUGAUCUGCCGAGAAAUACUGCAGACAGGAAUGGGAUCUUCCAAAAACUAUGCUAUAUCACUUCCUCAACGAGUUAACCCUGCCAUUUUGGGCUUAAUACUUGACUACUGCCGGUUUCAUCAAGUACCAGGUCGCUCUAAUAAGGAACGCAAAACUUUUGACGAGAAAUUUAUUCGAAUGGAUACAAAAAAGUUAUGUGAGUUGACAUCUGCCGCUGACAGCCUCCAAUUGAAGCCUUUGGUUGAUCUCACUAGCCGAGCACUUGCUCGAAUUAUUGAAGGAAAAACACCUGAGGAGAUACGUGAGACAUUCCAUUUACCUGAUGAUCUCACAGAGGAGGAGAAGUUGGAACCUUUGAGAAACAUAACUGAUGAUCCACGUAUCCGGCUUCUUAAUCGGUUAUAUGCUAGAAAAAGGAAAGAAUUAAAAGAGAGAGAGAAACUGAAGAAUGUUGAGGUUGAGGAAGAGCGUGUCGAUGAACGUUCAGUCGAUGACCUCUUGACUUUUAUAAAUGGUGGAAGUGGAGAGUCAAAGGGGGUUAAGACCAAUAAGAAUAAAAAGAAAAAUCGGAGAAGAAAAGAUCAUCCAAAAGACUCUUCAACCAGUGUAAAUGGAAGCCAUAAUAAGGACUUGGAUGCUCUUUCUUCUGAUUACCAUGAUGGUGACAUUAUCAAUGUUGAGUCGCCAUCUCCCAGUUCUUCAAAGUUGCAAGAUUCUACAUCAGUUACCUUUUCACCAAAGCUUGAGUUUGAUGAUUGUGAUAUUGAUGAUGAUUUAGAUCCUGCCAUGAAGGAGGAGCUUGACAGGGAAGUGGAGGAUUUUGCACGAAGAUUAAACUCAGAUUGGCCAGAAAGAAUGCAGGAAAUUUUAUCAUUGGGCCAAGAGAGGAGGCUUGCACCUAUAAAUAUAAAUGGCAAUGGCUCUGCGCAUAGAUAUACAAGUUUGGACAGGAGAUAA